AUGGAGCCAAACACCUCCUCCUCCGACGCCGUGACCUCCUCUGCAAUCAUCAAGCAAGAACAAUUAACCUCCAAGCAUGCCAAGAGCCUUUUCUCGCCGUCCUCGUCCUUAUGGCCGUUGUCUCAUGGCCUCAUCUCUUCGUCUGGAUCCAAAUCCGGAUCGUCGGCGAUGGGGGACGGCUCCUUCUCCAUCCAUGAGGUCGCGGCAUCGCAAUCCUUGCCCUCAUCCUUCUUGCUCCCCACACGCGACAUGGUCCACUUGACCGGUGAGGAUGUAUCCAACAGUCUAAGAGCACCGAUGGCCACCCCUUCCAUGGCACUGCUCGGUGGCCAGCCGUGGCAUAGGUUGGUGCCGCCAUCGUCGUGGGCAGCCUUGGGAUCAUCCACAUGCCCCAGCCAGAGCUCCCCCUCGUGGUUUACUGGCCAGUCGGCGGCGGCAUUGUUGGAUCAGAUCUCGGCGUACCCAAAGGAGAUGUCCUUCUUGUUGCCGAUAUCUGGCUCUGGCCUGCCGCCGCGGAACAGCAACAACAACUACUUCGGGUUUCCACAGCAGGCAUCGGGCAGUCAGCUGGCCCCGCUGCCGGCGAGCUUGCGCAUACCUUCACUAGAGGAGGCAAGCACACACAACAUGUUAAGCACCACCGGCAGAGCCAUGCCCUGGCACCGUGGCGACUUGUCUGUGGACGUUGGCAGCUCCAUUUCCUCCUUGCCGAAUCUGACCACCGGAGGCAUGAAGGCACCCAUGCCACCACUGAAGCCAGCAUCAUCCCAGGGUGCAGGAGCCAGCAGCAACGUCAUCAACUUUUCCCCGUGGCCAUCCUCGAAUUCUGAGCUCGCUGCACUUCCAGCAAGCCUACAAGCACCCUUGCUGCCAGAGAAGCAGGGUCCCAUCGAUGCCACAGCCGCACGCCGUGAUCCUGAUUUCAUAUCUCUCAUCAACAGUGAAGAGUAUGAGCUAGAUCAGGACAACCCCAAUGCCAAGGACGUGAGUUGGGAGACUGCAUUGAAGCAUCUGGAGGGUACCAAGAUCACCGGGAGCACACCUUGUCACCAUGGAAGCUUGUCCAUGGGCAUCAACAAUUCCAGCUCCACGCCAAAGCUACUGCUACCACUUCCACCAUCAUCACUGACAGGAGCUAGUAGCAGCCGCAGCCCUGUCACAAGGGUCAUUUUCACUGAUGCUGAGAAGGAGAUCAUCAGGAAGGACAAGAACUUGCAGGAGCUUGUGAACAAAGAACCCAAGAAGGUGAAGAGGUUGUUAUCAAACCGGAUAUCUGCAGCAAAGAGAAAGGCGAUCAAGGAUAUCCACACCCUUGAGCUCGAACUAAAGGUUGAGACACUACAAAGCAAGUACAACACUUUGUUUGCACAAUUUCAGUUGCAACAGGAGCAAUGUGCUGAGAUCGAUAACCAGAACAGGGAGAUGAGCAUGGUGGUGCAGGAGCUGGAGCGCCAGGCGGUGCUCAAAGAUGCUCUAACUGAAGCACUGCAAGCCGAGAUCCAGGCCCUGAAAGAUAUGAAGUUCAAUGCAGUGCAAAUGAGAUCCAAAAAGAACAAAUGCCCAGGGUGCUCAUAUUUUACACCAACAAAAUAG